AUGGUGACAGAUGUGCAGUUGGCCAUCUUUGCCAAUAUGCUUGGCGUUUCCCUGUUCCUCCUGGUGGUGCUGUACCACUAUGUGGCUGUCAACAAUCCCAAGAAGCAGGACUAGAAUCCUGGCCGGAUCCUGGGCAGAGGAACGCUGUCUCACCAACCAACAGACUUCAUGAUGGAAAUCAUCAUUAACACCAUCACCAAGGAAACUAAAACAUUCCCCCAACAUGAUUUCCUAAAAAUUAUGCAGUAGUUUUUUUGUUUUUUUU